GAGAAGAAAGCAGCUUAUGCGGUGAAGCUGAGAGCUGCAACUGAUGAGAACGUGGCCAGAUACAAACAAGCGCUGAAACAGCAGAGAACGGUCUUCAAGCUCAAGAAGCGCCAGCUGCAAGAUCGCGAUCGCGCCGAAAUGGAGCAGCUGUUCCGGCAGAACGAGACGCGUAAGUUCUACGAGAAAGUUAACCGGUCCCGCAAAGGCUAUGCGCCGCAAGCCAACACUUGUCGGGACGCCGAGGGAAACCUUCUUAUGGACAAAGGCGAGGUGUUGAACAGGUGGCAGCAGUUCUUCAACGAGCACCUCAACGGCGAUGUAGCGCAUGGAGACGGCUUUGAAGCCCAACUUGGACCGCCCGCUGCCGACGAACAGUUCCCGGCACCUGAUCUGGAGACGGUGAAGAAGGAGAUCAGGCAGCUGAAGAACAACAGGGCCGCCGGUAAAGAUCGGUUACCCGGUGAGCUCUUCAAAUAUGGAGGAGAGCAGUUGGCGAGGGCGAUCCACUUGGUGAUUUCUAAGAUCUGGAGGGAGGAGAAACUACCAGCAGAAUGGAUGGAUGGUGUCGUGUGCCCCAUCUACAAAAAGGGCGAUAAGCUGGACUGCGGCAACUACCGCGGUAUCACGCUUAUCAACGCGGCCUAUAAAAUCCUCUCCCAGAUCCUCUGCCGUCUGCUGACACCGUACGCACGGAGGUUCGUGGGCCCCUAUCAAGCGGGGUUUACUGGCGCUCGGGCCACCACGGACCAAAUUUUCUCGCUCCGGCAGAUCCUCGAGAAAUGCCGUGAGUACAACGUGCCCACACAUCACAUCUUCAUCGAUUUCAAGGCAGCGUACGAUACAGUCGACCGCGAACAGCUAUGGCAGAUCAUGCACGAGAACGGAUUUCCGGACAAACUGACUCGGCUGAUCAAGGCUACCUUGGAUCGUGUGAUGUGUCACGUGCGAGUGGCAGGGGAGCUAGCGGACCCCUUCCAAUCGCAUCAAGGGUUACGACAAGGUGACGGCUUAUCCAAUGCGCUGUUCAACAUCGGACUUGAGGGAGUUGUGCGAAGAGCGGGUAUAGACACGAGAGGCACGAUUUGCAACAGGACAGUCCAACUUCUUGCUUAUGCGGACGACAUUGAUAUUAUAGCGAGAGACCUAGAGACGGUGAAAAGGGUUUACACCGCCUUAAAGACGCAAGCAGGACGAAUUGGAUUGGCCAUGAAUACGACGAAAACAAAGUACAUGAAAGGGAGGGGCUCAAAGGACGUUGACCCCCCAAGACUCACCCCUCUAGCUGUGGAUGGCGAUGUGCUGGAGGAGGUGAGCGAAUUCGUGUACUUGGGAUCGCUGGUAACGGCCGACAACGACACCAGCUUAGAGAUCCGGACUCGUAUCCACUCCGCGAAUCGCGCCUACUUUGGAUUACGGAAAACCUUGACAUCUGAUCGAGUGCAACGCGCCACGAAGCUGACCCUGUACAAGACACUGAUUAGACCGGUUGCCCUCUAUGGCCACGAGACCUGGACGCUGCGGCAAGAGGACGAACGAGCCCUUGGAGUUUUCGAACGGAAGGUGCUGCGAACGAUCUACGGUGGAGUACGUACAGCUCAGAACGAGUGGCGAAGGCGCAUGAACCACGAACUGCACGCGCUGCUGGGAGAACCGACCAUCGUCACCCUGGCGAGAAUCGGGAGGCUCAGGUGGGCCGGCCAUGUCGCGAGGAUGGACGAAGACCAUCCUGUCAGGAUGCUCUUUGACCGCGCGCGACCGGAUGGCGGCACUGGCCGAAGAGCAGGAGCGCAGCGUGCACGAUGGGGUAAUCAGAUCGAGGCGGACCUAAGAAAGAUCUGCAACCUAGGAAACUGGCGAGCUGCAGCCCAGAACCGAGCAACAUGGAACAACCUUCUUGAUACAGCACGGGCACCGCGUAUGGUGUUCUAAGCUGUUUGGUAUGGUAUGUAUUAAUUUUAGGACCCAAUCACAGUCCAGACUCGAUUAUCCGAAGUUUCGAUUAUCCGAAUUUCGAUUAUCCGAAGUGAAAUUUUUCCGUGGUCUUCAGAUAAUCGAGUUGUUGUGUGUUCAAGAACCCAAAAAUCGAACAAAUAGGUACAUAAGGCUUGUACAAAUUUUAAUAAAAGUUUUUGUUGAUUAUACUUUUCGCCAAAUCCAAAACAAGCAAUGUGAAUAAAAUGAUCAGUGUGAACGGGGUUCUGUACUACGAAAAUCGCACGGUAUGUUUUUUGAAUCAUAAAAAAUAACAAAACUUCUAUUGCAUUAUUAUUAUCAUGUCUAUAAGUUAAAAGUAUUUGGUUUGAGAAUAUAUAACAAAAAGUCUGUAACAAUAUUCAUUGUGUUUGAAUGAAUAGUACCAAACCUUUCAACACCCUUUCCCCCCUAAAAUGCUACGUCUGUUCUUAGUGAAUCCAAAAAGAAAGUUGAUCAUUCAAGGCCAAUACGAACCUUUCAAGAAAUGUUGUAUGUAGUUUGAUGUGAUAAAAAUUGCCAUCAUUUUUUUUCUUAUCAAAUGCUAUUUCCCCGAACGGGGUCAUGCGAAAAUGCCCGGUGACCAGGAGCGCGCGCGCUCCUGGGCACCGGGCAUUUCCGCUUGACCGCGUUCGGGGAAAUGGCAUUCAGGGAAAUGACUAUUCAGGGAUAUGACUAAUCGGGUAAGUGGCAUUCGGGAUUGUGGCCUGUUCGGGAAAAUGACUUUCGGGGAUGUGGACGAUUAGGGGAAAUGGGAAAUUCGGGUAAAUGGAAUUCGGGGAAAUGACUAUUAGGGGAAGUGUCUUUUCGGGGAAGUGGCAUUCGGGGAAAUGUCCCUUCGGUAAUAUGGGUUUCGGGGAAAUGUCAUAGAUUCCUCAAUUUUACCGAACAAACAGCUUUUUCGAGGGCUGUUGAUUAAAUAUUGUAAAUUGGGUAGUAAAGCCCUUUGUCAUUUUUUUAACAACGUUAAGAAACACGAUUAAAAACCAUUUCUGAUGACGUUUUUUAUUUCAUUUUUUAUGCAAAACAAAGUUAUUAACAAGACAUUUUUUUUUCGAUGGAUCAACUAUGGUCCCCUUGGAACGAGCUGUCAAGUAGGAGCUUUUCUGCCAAGAAGGGCCGGGAAGUGAAUUUUUAAAAAUUGAAUUAAAAAUCCAUUUUAAAUCCUUUGCGAUCGUUCAAAGGGUCAUUGUACUUAGAAAAAUAAGCUUUAUCAUUGUGAACACUAAUAUCAGCUUAAUUUUAGGACCCAAUUACAGUCCAUACACACAAAAAAAUAUUACGGUAAUGACAAAAGUAACUUACUUUUGAAUUAAAAAGUUGUUAAAAUUUGCUACAUUAAAAGUUUUUUUUCUUGUUUUGAAAAUGAAAACUUUUACUGCUACAGUUUUUGAAAAUCUCAUUGCUCACUGAUUUAAAAGUUUUUACUUUUAAUUCGACUGUAAAAUUUCUUUCAUUUUGACGUUCUCGUGUAACCGUGUACGCCUAAGUCGCAAAUGUAAACAAACACUUUGGUGGGUCCGGUGGUGCUGGUGAGUCUAGGACGCAAAGUAAAGCCGACCGCGGCAGCAGCCAGGACUCGGACGCGGAUACCUUCGUGAGCCAAACAGCAGCAGCGGAACGCCUUCGAAGGAGGGUGGUGCAGGAGCGGGACGAGGUCGAGUGCUCGAAAAGGACAAGACCAGCUUCCUGCAGGAACUGCAGCUGUUCCACGGCCGGAAUUCCUAAGAAGGAAGCUUGGGUGUUUUGUGGGGUUUGUGAUUGAUUUUGUUUGUUUUUGUAGGAUGAGAGGUAGGAAUGUGGAUUCGCACCGGUUGUAUUGGGUGCUGGUGGCCCGGGAUUGAAGGUCAAUUCGCGUGAGGACUGGGGCGAGAUCAUCGAGGAGAUGGCGCUGCCGAAGCGUUGCGUGAACAACGAGAUUGCGUUGAAGAAGAUUAACUUCCAGUUUUUGGACAAGUACGCGAAAGUUUAUUUUCACGAUGGGCCUCCGACGAAGAGGAGGACGACGAAAAGCUACAUAAUCGGAGGUGGUCAGCGCAGAUGUUGCACUCGGUGCCGGCGGUUUACAGCACCGCAACUUCCCGCCCACAAACACUCACGUCGCGACGGCGCAGCUUCAGCCGAAUGAAUCUGGACAGUGAGCCAAAAAAAAUCUGUGUCAUUCUCGAAUUAGGAUUACGUGCUCAAAAUCGAACUCCGUUCCGAGGGCCUCAUCAACUCCAUGUUCCGGAUGUGCUUCCAGGAUAGGGAACUCCCCGUUCAGGCACUUUACUUUCCAGCCGGGAAACGUCGACCACCCUUCCCGAAUCAAUGGCCAACUCCUCCAAGACUGUCCUGAUUGAGGCCGGAAACGUGACCAUCGUGUUACACUGCUGUCGCGUCGAAGCCUCCAUCCGGAACCGACCAAACUGGGGUAUUCGGAAGUGACCGGUGGCGUACCGUAUGAAGCAGAAGCUAGUGGAGAAGCGUUAAAUACAUAAAAAGGAUUUUUCUAACAUACUGUUUAAUUUUUUUAAAUAAAUGUAAAAAACCAAGCACAUUUUUCUGAAAUUAUCCCUGUAGUGCUAAAUGUUGUGUAUUCUUGCCAUAAAAGGUUUCUUUUCCAAAUAAAAGUAAAAUACUUUUACCAAUACAACGAUUUUGUUCCAUAAAUGCAUGGUAGUAUCAAAAACUUUCCAACUUUUAAAUUGAAAAGUUUGAACUUUCUACGAAUAUUCACCAACGCGAACUUUUAAUCCAACGAACGAUCUUUUUAAAUUUAGAGUAAUUUUUCUUUGUAUGUACUCGAUUAUCCGAAGCCUCGACAGUUUUCAUGCAGAUUCUGAUAUACUUUCAUGCCGCCAUGCAUCAGAAUCAUGCGACCGCCGGUUGGGUGUAGGCCGUCAUUCUUGUAGGUCAGUGUAAUCGGACACUCAUCAACCUAUUGUUUUUUCGUCUUCUUCUUCUGACAUCUGUCAUUGAUUUUUUUUUUUGCUAUCGAAAAAGUAAUUUUCACGUUUUUAUUGGUCUAUUACCAAAAAAAGCUUAAGAAAUAUGCUAAUUUAUCUAAUUAAUUCCUAUUUAAUGUAAAUCAUAUAUCCAAUUUAUUUCUGCCAAACGUUGACUGCAAAACUACCCGAACUAAAAAUAGUUAUAUUUGGUUCUCUUUCUAUCGCUCUCAUACUUCGCUGUUCCACUGCCUGUGCCUCGACCUGAACAAGUUGAUGCUUUAGCCACUCGUUUAUAUAAUGCAAAGAUGGCUCAGUCGGCAGCGGGUAGCAGCAGUAACACCGAACAUCCUACCCAUCGUCCGUUCGAUUACAGUCCAGCCUCCAGCAUUAUUCCACUUGGCCGUCGACGAGAAAGCGUCCCCUACCUGUGAAACAUCUUUUUAAAAUCUGAAUUUCCUUUUGCUGCCCGCUUCAACCAUUUUAAAAUAGAACAUAGGCCACACCCUUUUCCUACUGUAAUCCAAGUCGAGCUUCUCAUUUCCAUUGGCCAAUCAGAAUUAGUUGAUUUGAACUAAUGUAAAUUCCAAAACUAAUGUAAAUUUUCAAAAUAAUGUAAAUUUUCAAUGAAUCUAAUGUAAAUUUCCAAUGAACGUAGUGUAAAUAUACAUCAGUUAUCAUGAUACCUUUUGGUACAUGAUAAAUAAUGUAAAUUUACAGGAAUAUUUUUUUCUGUACAGUUCCAUGUAGAGUUGCUUUCGUCGUCACCUGGGUGCUGAAUAGACAGAAUGCGUAACGUGAUUUUCGAAAGCUCCCCAUUGCUCCCCACUAAUACAACUGCACUACAGCUGUAAACAUAAACAAAGUAGAAGGCUAUGCUCAAGCUCAAGCGUGACAUAUUUUUUGCUGCUCAUGUGAAUUGUUUCGAAACUUUUUGGAUCUGUUAAUGUUAAAGUUUUCGCUAAAAAAUUAAGUGCUUCGCACUUUUUUUGUUUGUAGUCUAAACGAUGGGCGGCCAAAAGAUGCCUAUUUGCUUUCCACUAGAUGAAAAAUUAUGUCAGAAGUGGGUGGAAUUUUGUGAAUCAGAAGAGCAACCGAAUAGAAGUUCCGAGAUUAUGUAUCUUUUAAUGGUAGUGAUAAUAUCGGAGUAAGAUUAUUCAAUAGUAUUUGGCAGGUGCCAUUCAUAGUUAUUAAUAAUUCUUCGCUAAUAUUUCAAAACGAGUCAUUAACAUUGGUUUUGCGUGAAACCCAAAAAAUGUUAGCGACGAAUUAUGCCAAGCGCGAUUUCAUCCCUCUUCUUAAAAUAUCCGUUUUUUUUCAUAAAAUAUGUUGACUUUGAAUACCUCAAUAGCUCGACGCCAUCAACUUUUUUUAUUCCUCAAAAUAAAUUAUAGAUCGAACACAAUACUUGCCACUUCUUGCUAUCAUUUUGCGAACAGUAAAUUGGUUCCGCUUUGACAGUUCUAAAUUGAGGCCGUUUUGCGAACCAC